AUGUCUCCAAUAAUUUAAAACCAUCAAUCGCGAAUCUUUUUUCUUUAUAAUUUACUCAAAGACUUUGAUUUCACACAUAAAUAUUCCUGCAAUCAUCGUAUGCUUUCAACUUUUGCUUCAACUCAUUUCUUUCAUCUUUGCUAGAAGGAGACCAUGGCUGAAAUGAUCCUCAGUUUCGGGAUAGAUGCAACUCUGUCCACGGUGGCUUCGCUCAUCACCGAUGAAGUCAGUCGUGCUUGGAAUCUCAAGAACGACCUGAAAGGCCUUCAAGAAUCCCUCACCAUGAUUCGUGGUGUGCUUCAAGAUGUAGAGGAGCAGCAAACCAGAAAGGAGCAUGUCAGGCUUUGGUUGAAGAAGCUCAGAGAAGUAGCUUAUGAGGCUGAGGAUGUCUUAGAUGAGUUGGUCUAUGAGAAUCUUCGACGAAAGGUUGAGAUGCAAAGGCAAGUCCAAUCGGGAACAGAGAUACAAAAUUGUUUUUCAUUCUCCCAGGGCACUCAUUGUGUUAAAAUGGCAGCACUUCAUUUCAAAAUGGCCCACAAAGUUAAGAACAUAAAUGAAUCGUUGAAUAAGAUUAAGAAUGAUGCUAUGGGUUUUGGACUUCAAAUUAUAUCAAGACAACCUCAAAUGGACUUGGAUAGGUUGACAAACUCAGUCCUUGACAACCCAGUUGUGGGGAGGGAAGCUGAUGUCUCUAAGAUUGUGAACUUGCUGAGUCACUCCUGUGACCAAGUUCUUACCGUUGUUCCCAUAGUGGGGAUGGGCGGUCUCGGAAAGACAACCUUAGCUAAAUUGGUGUGUCAAGAAGUAAUAGAAGAACAAAGGCUUUUUGAUCUUAAAAUAUGGGUAUGUGUCUCUGAUCACUUUGAUUACGGAAGAAUUUUAGGGGAAAUGCUGCAAACUCUUGAUGGACAUAUGGGUGGAGUUACCAACAUAGAUGCAAUACUUAUACAUCUUCCGAAGGCGUUGGAGGGCAAAAAGUUUCUACUUGUUCUUGAUGAUGUUUGGAAUAAUGAAUAUGAGAGGUGGAAUGAGUUGAAGACUUGUUUGACAAGAAUUAGUAGAAACAAUGGAAAUGCUGUUCUCGUCACAACUCGUACGGAGGAAGUGGCAUCAAUCGUUGAGACUUCUACUCAUUACAGGUAUAAACUGGGUGGGUUAUCUCAUGAUGAAUGCUGGUCCAUUAUGAAGGAAAGAGCACUAAUUCGAAGUGGAAGAACAUCAAUCCCCACAGACUUGGAGGGCAUUGGAAGGGAGAUUGCCAAAAAAUGUGGAGGAGUUCCAUUAGCGGCAAAAGUUUUAGGUUGGACGAUGGGCUCGAAAAUGGAUAAGGAAGAAUGGUUGUCAAUUGGAAACAAUAAUGUUUUGAAUGCAUCAGAUGGUAAAAAUGAUAACGUUGAGUCUAUAUUGAAGCUCAGUUUUGAUCACUUGCCUUCAUAUCUGAAGUCAUGUUUCACAUAUUGUUCAGUUUUCCCGAAAGAUACUGAGAUUGGAAAAGAACAAUUAAUUCGGUUGUGGAUGGCUGAAGGUCUUGUAGGAUGCAAUGAAGAUGAGGGCAACAAGUACUUUAAUGCCUUACUUCAGAAUUCCUUUUUCCAAGAUGCUGAAAGGGACAAAUAUGAGAAUGUUAGAUGGUGCAAGAUGCAUGAUCUUGUGCAUGACCUUGCAUUGUCACUUUCAAAUUCUGAGACAUUGACUUUGGAAAAUUGUUCUGCUGCUGAUGACAUAUCAUGCAUUCGUCGUGCACACGUAGAUAGGCGAAAGGCAUCCAUUUUAGCGGCAUUUCCAACAGGUGGUUGUAAGAAGUUGCGUAGUUUAUUCAUAGAUGGUUUUGAGCUUGAUAAUUCUCGGAAGCUGAAAAGCUUGCGGGCCCUACUUCUUUAUGGUAUCAAAAACUUGCCAUCUUCGGUUGGUAAGUUGAAACAUUUGAGAUUUCUUGACGUCUCAUGGACUGACAUCGAAGUGUUGCCUGAAUCCAUCGCCCAGCUCUAUAAUUUGCAAACAUUGAGAUUCCUUUGCUGCGAAUCACUUAAGGAGGUUCCUAGAAAUAAAAUAUGCAAUCUGAUGAGCUUAAGUCACAUUGAAUUUGAUAAUGAUGACCAUAUGGCAUCUAAGGUGGGGCAGUUAACUUGUCUCCAAACACUAUCACUAUUUGUUGUUGGUCCAGAUAGGGGAGGCAGCAUUCAAGAAUUAGAAUGCUUAAAUCAACUAGGAGGCAAGUUGAAAAUAACUCAUCUUGAGGAGGUGAGAGACAAAGAAGAAGCCAAGAAGUCAAAUCUAAAGGGGAAAAAGAAAUUAAAAGCCCUUAAGUUUGAAUGGAGUCAUGGAAGAGAAAGCAACAGUAAUGAUGAGCAAGUGUUGGAAGGUCUUGAGCCUCACCCAAACAUAGAGAGAGUAAAGGUAGAAAGUUACAUGGGUGAAAAGUUCCCGCUGUGGCUGUAUAUAAUGAAAAUUUCUAGUGAAGGCGAUUCUUUCACAGUAUUCGAUAAGUUGGUGGAGCUUAAAUUGAGCAAUUGUAGAUGCUGUGAAGAACUCCCAAGGCUUGGACAUCUUCCUCGUCUUAAAACGCUCAUAAUAGAAGGAAUGCCUAACAUAAGAUGUAUAGGGAAUGAAUUCUAUGGCAUUGACAGUGGAAGCACAAGCAAUGGAGGGAGACUGUUUCCAGCAUUAAAGAAAUUAUACUUUAAUGAUAUGACGAGUUUAGUUGAAUGGAAGGCACCACCAGUAGAUGAAGGAGGCGAAACAUCUGUAUUUUCUUGCCUUGAAAAAUUGUCCAUAAAGAAUUCUCCUCGGUUGGCAAAAAUUCCAUUAAGUGAUAGUUCAUCGCUUGUGACAUUGAAAAUCGAAAAUUGUGAAGAAUUGAGUUACUUAUGUGAAGAACUACAAGUACACUCCUUCCCCUCUCUUAAAAGCAUUACAAUUAGAGAGUGUCAUAAAUUAAUUUGGCUUCCAAGUGGACUGAAAUCCUUCACUUCUCUGGAAUCACUGGUAAUAAGGUAUUGCCACGGCCUAACAUCUGUUCCCGAAUAUUUAGGAGAAUUGCAUUCUCUUCGUUUUUUAGAAAUAACAUACUGUGGAAGUUUAAGUUACUUUCCAGAGACAAUAUUAGGAGGCCUCACCCGAUUACGGGAAUUAAGAAUUGGUAAUUUCUCGGAGGAGUUGGAUUCUUUCGCUUAUCUGAAUUUAAUCCAAGACCUCUCAUCCCUUGAAUCCUUAACUAUAUAUGGGGAUUGUACAGAUAGAAUAAAGUGUCUGCCAGAUCAACUUCAACGCCUCACUGCCCUAAACUCAUUGUCUAUAUUGUAUUUCUAUGGAUUAGAAGCUUUGCCAGAGUGGUUGGGCAACCUUUCGUCUCUUCAAAUUCUUGAAAUUGGGAGUUGUACGAAUUUGAAGUAUUUUCCUACAGCUACAGCCAUGCAACGCCUCCCAAAAUUAAGGAAUCUCUGGAUUCUAGGUUGUUCCCUUCUUAAGAAUAAUUGCGCCGAAGGAAGUGGCUCUGAGUGGUCAAAGAUUUCUCAUAUUCCAAACGUAUGGAUGAGCGAUUAAUUACCGUUUUUGCUUUUCUAUGGGCGUGGACAAUGCACUAGCUUUAUUUGGAAUACUCAGCGUCAUGGCAGAUAAUUCCUUCUAAUUUAGAUUGGGGCAUGGCUGCAAUAUGUGAAAAUGAAGAUGAUGGGAGUGAUGCAGUUACAAAAGGAGAUUUUGAGUAAGAACGAGUUUUGUACACCGAUAAAGAAAAACAGCCAGCUUCAUUUUCUUGUUUUCGAUGGAAAAGAUAAAGAUUGACAAUUAAAGAUGGCAAGCAAGCAUGUCUUCAUUUGUGGUCAGUUUGGAAAGUAGAUUGGAUUUGUAGAUUCUCUACUUUGUCUUGGAUAGUGGAGAGCAGAAGACCAUACCAACUUAUGUGCUGAAGUUGCAGAUCUUUUUACAAAUAUUGAGGCUUCUAAGUUUGCGUUGAAGUUUCUUAUGAUCUAUAUGUUGCAGGAAAACGCCAAAUUUUGGAAGGGUUCAAUCAUUUGCAAGUUCUCGGUGGACCUCAUGCAUUUGAAGACUAGUUGGCUGGUAUCAUCAUUAAUACCUAUCCAAAUUGUCUUUGCUCUCAAUUACACGGUCUUAUGUGAAAGAUCACUUCGUGUUUAUUGUUUCAGCAUUAAAUUUGCUGGCUCCAGUUGCACUUGCUCUUAUGGUGAUUUUCUUCACAAGGUAGCUUUGUGAUUUCAGGAAGCAAAAAUGUCGGAAGGUAAUCCUCCGCAUGAUACCUCAUGGGGUCAUUUGUGUAGCUGGAGGCCUUCAUUGUAAUUCCAUGAUAUAAAACCCUUUUCAACAAUUGUUUUGAAUAUUUUGAAUUUGAAAACCAGUGGUCCCUAAUGAGUAAUGGCCAAAGCAAUAUACAAUAAUAUAAUAACUCAAUUUAUUGCUGGAUAUUAGGAUUACUAAUGGGGAAAUUUUAAGCUUCUAGCUUGUUUGCAAGAUUAGAAUUAUUAAUAAAGAUAUGUUACUGUUUGUUAAAACUUACUAUUUUUUGGCAAUUCUGAUAAUCUUACUAUUCGUUAGAGAUUGUAGGAUGCAAGAUAAUUUCAGAAACACAGCUGCAAUGUUUCUCCAGAAUUUUCUGCUCUCAUUUGAGCCGGUUGGAAAAGGCAAAAAAUUGUUCAACUGAGUAGAAAGAAUGUCUUCGCUGCUGUCAACAUUAUCCCAAAUGCUAGACAAAGGGAUCACGCUUGCAAAACUUCGAGUUCGAGCAAUAAGACUGAACUGAAAUAGAGAUAAGUUCACAUCACCAACUUGAGCUUUGAGCCUUCAGUUCUCCUGACAUUGACCACAUCAGCUAAAACUGACUAGAGGACCAAGUAAUCUGACAUUUUGGAAUCAUUAGAUGGAAGAGAACUAUUGAGUUCGAGGCAUAAGAGCAAAACAGGAUUAAUGAUGACUAUUGCUUGCAUAACUUGAGUUUUGAGCUCUGAAUUUGAAAACAACCUUCAACUAAAGAUUGACCAAAUGAACAAUUGAACUCUCUUUGCAAUUAGAACCAUUAGAAUAUGGAAGACGACUUAUUUAUAGUGCCCAAGUGGCAUUCUUUCUUGCUGUUUGUUGGCUUUGAAGGUUUCUAAACUUUGUUGCUUCCUACAUAUUGAUGAUGAAAUUGUUUUCUGUAUGUUUCUAAACUUGCUGAUGGAUGUGAAGUAAAUCAGUUAUGAUUAUUUCAGGAUAAUCUUGAUGAUAAAA